GCAAGCCAAUCAGCAGGCGGCUGGAGCUCUCGUGCUCUCUCUGCCAGCAGCAGCAGAAAUCCUUCUUAUCAAAGAAACGCACAACUGGAGAAGUCCAUUCACUCACAGCCUCUAACCAUGGGUCCUUCCUGCUUCUCCUUGGACGUCUGUUUGUUUUUCCUCAUCAUAAAUACUUUGGAUGUCAUGGGAAAUGUUGCAGUCGCAGAUGCCGACGAGUGCUCCGAAGCCACAGAUGACUGUCACAUCGACGCUCUCUGCCAGAACACUCCGAAGUCCUUCAAGUGCAUCUGCAAGACUGGUUACAAGGGAGAUGGCAAGCAUUGCGAAGAUAUGGACGAGUGUGAAAACGACUACAACGGAGGGUGUGUUCACGACUGCAUCAAUAUCCCCGGGAACUACAGGUGCACAUGCUACGAUGGAUUCAUGCUGGCAGACGACGGGCACAACUGUCUUGAUGUGGACGAAUGUAUGGACAACAACGGCGGCUGUCAGCAAAUCUGCGUCAACACUAUGGGCAGUUAUGAGUGCCAAUGCAAAAACGGGUUCUUCCUGAGUGACAACCAGCACACCUGCAUCCACCGCUCGGAUGAUGGGAUGAACUGUAUGAAUAAGGAACAUGGCUGUGCCCAUAUCUGCAGAGAGACUCCCAAAGGUGGUGUGGCGUGUGAGUGCCGUCCGGGAUUUGAGCUGGAGGAAAAUCAACGUGACUGCAAAUUGACAUGUAACUAUGGAAAUGGUGGUUGCCAACACUCGUGCGAUGACACCGACGUGGGGCCUGUGUGUGGAUGUCAUCAGAAAUAUGCCCUGCAUUCGGACAGCAAGACCUGCAUUGAGAAAGAUGAGGCUGCAAUUGAGAGCUCUGAAUUCAAUACCACGUCAGUAGCUGAUGUGGACAAGCGGGUGAAACGUCGUCUACUUAUGGAGACCUGUGCGGUGAACAACGGAGGUUGCGAUCGCACCUGCAAGGACACGGCCACCGGGGUGCGCUGCAGUUGUCCGGUGGGCUUCACUCUUCAACCCGACGGCAAGACCUGCAAAGACAUCGAUGAGUGUUUGGAGAAUAAUGGAGGUUGUGAUCAUUUCUGCCGGAACACAGUGGGCAGUUUCGAGUGCAGCUGUCAGAAAGGACACAAACUCCUGACCAACGAGCGCACCUGUCAAGAUAUUGACGAGUGUUCCUUUGAGAGGACAUGUGACCACAUCUGCAUCAACUACCCGGGAAGCUUUGAGUGUGUGUGUCACAAAGGUUACAGUCUCUAUGGCCUCACACACUGUGGCGAUAUUGACGAGUGCAGCAUUAAUAACGGGAGCUGUGAACAUGGCUGCGUGAACACACCGGGCAGUUACGAGUGUGUGUGUCCUCCUGGACAAAAGCUCCACUGGAACAAGAAAGACUGUGUUGAGGCGGUAAAAUGCCUCCCGAACGGGAAGCCGGCACCUCGUGCUCAGCUCAUCUGCACUAAGACCGGUGGAGGAGAGACGUGUUCACUGUCCUGUCCAUCAAACGCCCUUUUCCUGGCUGACUCCGAGAACAGUUACACUCUGAGCUGCGGGGUGCCUGUCCAGCCAGGUAAAGCUCCACUGAAGAAGAACGUCACUACAUCCAGCAGUAGCUCCCUGCAAACCUGCACAGAGAUGCUGGCCCAGCCCGUGAAGCAGAAAGCACGGUUUAAGAUCAAAGACGCCAAGUGCCACCUGAGACCCCGCAACAAGGAGAAACACCGGGACACGGGGAAGCAGAGCCUGCAGGCAGCCGGUCAGUUACCUUGCACAGACGACUGUCAGGUGACGUUCGUGAAUCUGAAGUGCGACUCUUCCAAAAAGCGGCGUCGUGGCCGGAAGUCUCCAUCAAAGGAAGUCUCCCACAUCACAGCAGAGUUUGAGAUGGAAAUGAAAGAAGAGGAAGCCUCAGAAUCAUGUAAUGUGGACUGUGUGCGUGAGAAGACCAAGCAGAGGCUUCAGAAUGCCAUGCGCACACUAAGGAAGUCCAUCAGUAAACAGCAGUUCUACAUCCAGUUCUCCGGCACGGCGUACGAGGUGGCCCAGCGUGCCGUGCGACAGACAGAAGGAGAUGAGACCUGCAGUAUAGGACAGGUCCUCACUGACGGGAAGUGCGUCAGCUGCGGUGUGGGAACGUUCUACAGCGGAGAACAGGAACAGUGCGUCAUCUGUCCGCCAGGAACCUAUCAGGACAGGGAGGGCCAGCUGUCCUGCGAGCCCUGCCCCAGCACCGAGGGACAGGGCAUCACAGGGGCCAAGAACGUCUCUGAGUGCGGAGGCCAGUGCCCUGCCGGUCAGUUCUCUGCUGAUGGUUUCCGCCCGUGCCAGCCGUGCCCGCUGGGCACCUUCCAGCCCGAGCCGGGCCGUGUGCUCUGCUUCCCCUGCGGAGGAGGUCUCUUGACUAAACACACGGCCAGCACGUCCUUUAGAGACUGUGAAGCCAAAGUUCACUGUGCUCUUGGGCAUCAUUACAAUGCCAGCACGCACCGGUGCAUCCGUUGUCCGGCUGGAACUUACCAGUCUGAGUCUGGACAGAACUACUGCAUCACCUGCCCUGGAAACACCACUACAGAUUUUGACGGAGCUAACAAUGUAUCUCACUGCAAAAAUCAGCUAUGUGGUGGUGAACUGGGAGAUUUCAUGGGCUACAUCGAAUCUCCCAACUAUCCCGGUGACUAUCCAUCUAACGUGGACUGUGUUUGGACCAUUAACCCUCCGAACAAGAGGCGCAUCCUUAUUGUUGUACCAGAGAUCUUCCUGCCCAUCGAGGAUGAGUGCGGGGAUGUUCUUGUCAUGAGGAAGAGUGCCCUGCCCACUUCCAUUACAACUUAUGAGACAUGCCAAACUUAUGAGCGACCGAUCGCCUUCACCUCCCGUUCACGCAAGCUGUGGAUCCAGUUCAAAUCUAAUGAGGGUAACAGUGGAAAGGGAUUUCAGGUUCCAUAUGUCACUUAUGAUGAAGACUACCAGCAACUCAUAGAGGAUAUUGUUCGAGACGGUCGACUUUACGCCUCAGAAAACCACCAAGAGAUAUUAAAAGAUAAGAAGCUGAUUAAAGCUCUGUUUGAUGUGCUGGCCCACCCUCAUAACUACUUUAAAUACACCGUGCAGGAAUCAAAGGAGAUGUUUCCACGUUCCUUUAUCAAGCUGCUACGCUCCAAAGUCUCCAGGUUUCUACGGCCGUAUAAAUAGAAACCCGAACAUUUCUUCCACGACCCCGACUCUAUCCCCAUCUCUCUUCCUGUCUUUUCUCCACUAUCUCCCAGAAGGCCUAACUACUGCAAGAAGAUAAAGACGUUUGGCCUUCUUCCCGUCUGAGAUUUGUCCAUUUGUCCCUUUUUGUCUUUGUAUGUUUGUUUUUUAUUUGCUAAUAUUUAUGUGCUUGAUUUUGCAAAAGCCCUCUUUGGAUGUUUGAUAUCUACAGUAUAUAUUUGUAAGUGUGUGUGUGUGUGUGUGUGUGUGUGUGUGUGUGUGUGUGUGCGCUUGUCUGUGUGUACAAAAAUGAUGUGGAAGCUUAUAAGGACACAUACAGACACACAGAUAUAUAUAUAUAUUCUUGUUUGGAAAAGGUUAUUUUCAUGCCCCUGAUGUGCACAAGGGGUUUUAAUAUCCUAGUGCACUUAAAGUAAGUGGUUACUUAAUGAGAAAGGAUUCACUUUACGGUUCUGACCACAAAAAAAUUCAAGAUAAAGAUAAAAAAAAAACAGGAUAAAAGACAAAAACUACCUGUCAGUAUGAGAGUUAGAGUUACGUGUACGUUGUUUAACUAGUAUUUGGAGCUUCAACUGCACUUGAAUUUUAUAUUGUAGAGAAUAAGGAAAUAUAAGUUGCUUUUUUUGUUGUUGUUUUUGUUGUAUAGAGAUGUUUUACCUUGGUUGUAGAAACAAGAAAUGUCCGUACUGCCCCUCUACAGGGAUACAGAAAGAUAUUCUCACCUCUCCCUCUCCUGAAAACUAAACACACUUCAUAAUAAUCUCAGUUUAAUAUCAGAAAAGUAUUAAUGUUGAAGUGCCAUUGUACCUCUUUGUCAGCUUGACCAGUAUAAGAUUACAUGAUGCAACAAGUUUGUCAUUAACCUGCAAUUUAGAUUUUGAGAAAUUGUAAAUAUGGUUCCUUGAGCUUGUUGUGUCAUAAAACUCAUGGAAAUGGUGAAGAGUUUAUUCAGAACAACAAAGAACUUGGAUUUAGAGACUUAUUAUGGUGUAUUACAUAAUUAUAUCAUAUCUAUUGCAUUUCACCUUUGUGCUGUGCACAAAGACACAUAUUUUGCUCUUGUUGAACUGUGGAUGAAGAUUAGAGGCUGUUUGUUGAUACCUGAAGUAUGUGAAAAAUAGCCAUCACAAUUAAAUCAAAUCACACAACCACAUAAAUCUAGAUGAGCCAUAACGUAACUGACAUACAGAUAAUAUUACCUGUCAUUUUACAGUGUUCUGCGUUGUUUUACAUAUAUUCCUAUUUGGGAGGGAGGGGCGGAGUGAUCGUUCUAAAGCUGCUUUGUUAUAUGAGCACUUAUUAAUGCUUGUAUUUGUAAUAUCCACAUAUGGACAGGGAAACACAUCCGCUCAUAAAUAAUCAUACAUUCAUGCAUGCACACCCAAAAAUAUGCUAGUACAGUAAUUUAUGAUUUGUGAGAAAACCGCAGGUUGUAGUUGAUCAUGUGUGUGUGUGUGUGUGUGUCAAUCACAUAUUGUUGUCUCAUUUGAUUACUAAACAACGGCAUGUGACUGUUUGGGGAACAGUUGCCAUUAGCAAAGAUGAAGAAAGUGUCACUGCUAAACUAACUAAUACAAUACACACACAAACACACACCUCGAUGGCUUCACACACAGAUUUAAGUACUUUUCCCCUCAGAUGGAGAGAGUGACUCAGACUGCUGCUGGUGUGAUUUGUUAGCUUUAUGAAUACAGAUUUGUAAAUGAUGUACAUAUGUUAGUGUUUUUUUGUUUUUGUUUUGUUUUUUUUAAAGUUAAUAUUUACAGUAGAAGGAGAGACAAUGUGCUGGGGAAGGUCACAGUCACAGUCUGACAUUUUCAGGACUGUUUUGGAAGGCUCUGUUAAAUUAAAUGCUUUCCACCAUGGUGAAUGACCACAUUUCAGAAGAAUGAACAAUUCAGCAGUGUGAAGUCAACCCCAGAAGGUGUAGAAGAGAAUGGGAACUAUUGUUAAGACCUCACUUUAUUAAUAAAUCAUUCAAAUCUCA